AACAGGAGUGUACUCCGCAAAAGUGUUUUAGAAAGAAACGUCAAGGCAAGCGUGGAUUUUCGCCAUCCACCCUCAUCUGGGCCCAGCCACCUGCUGAUUCUUUAAAUAUAUACACGUCUAGAGUCACGAGCCACAAAAACCUUCACUGUGGACGUGUCACCAACAGGUAGUGCGGCUCAACAUCCCAGCAGGUUCUGCUUCACUGGGUUCCGGUUGAGAGCUGAACCUUGUCUCACCACCUGCGCCGGCGGCACUGCCUCGACAUGGCCAUCUCAUCGCGCCUCGCCCUGUGGGAGCAGAAGAUCCGAGAAGAGGACAAGAGCCCCCCGCCCUCGUCGCCCCCGCCCCUCUUCUCCGUCAUCCCAGGGGGCUUCAUCAGGCAACUGGUCCGUGAGACAGAAAAGGAAUCCAAAGAGGCUAGGCGGAGGAAGCAGGCGGUGCUCGCCUCUCCAGAACGAGAGACCCCGGAAGUCCCUGCCAGCCAACCUAAGAGGAAGUCCGGCAGCGAUAACAAACCUGGAGGCCCCCAGCUCACCCAGGAUGGGCAGCCGAAGUCUCCCCAGAGCACAGACAUUCCGGCCACUGAGAGCCAGGGUGCUGGCAGGCUGGACCCCGCCCUGAGGACCAGCAUUAAUGGCGAGAAGCUGCAGGAGCCGGGUCCUGGGGGGACCCCCACCAAAAAGACCCUGCCGGUUAGGAGGGGCGUGAGGAGGGGCGACGUGCUGCUGAUGGUGGCCAAGCUGGACCUGGAUGCAGCCAAGCAUGCACAGCCACAGGAUGCCCUGCCUGUAGCCACAGACCCUGGAGGGGGAGCCAAGGGGGAAAUCCCACAGACUAGCCCUGUGGCUUUGGCCCCAAGGACUGACAAGACCCAAGCUGGGGUUUCUGGGGACUCGGGUCAAGGGUCAAAAAGCGAGAGGGGUCCAGGACUCAGGGGCAAAGGGGUUGGAGCUCCCCAGGCCAAAGGGGGUGAACCCCACGGCACAGAGGGGCCUGGAACCAAACCCCAAACCCAAGAGUCAAGUGAGAGGGGACGAUUAGUGACAGCACAGAAGGAAGGAGGAGGGGACCCCCCCAGCCAGACUGCCAAGGGGACCCUUUCCAAGGGUGCAGAGGCCAAAGAGAAGCUCACGGGGCCCCCAGUUCAGGCAAGAAAGUGGGGAGGGUCUCUAGGCAGAAGGACCAGGGGGGACAGUGUGCAGGGUAAGAAGGACAGAGCAGGUGAGGGCCCAGAGAAGGUGAGCCAGGCGCAGGGGCAGGCUGGUGAAGUGCCCAGAGUGAUGGAGAAUGAGGGGCAGGCAGGCGGGCCCCGGGAGGAGCUGGGAAAGGGGUCAUGUGCCCCGAGCCAGGCAGGAGAAGCAGCUGCAGCCCAGAGGGAGGCAGUGGCAGAAGGCCAGAAAGUCUCCAAGGACGGGGUGUCCAGGGGGGAGUCACCAGGGGCAGCCAGGAGGGAGGGCCAGCGUCAAGGACAGGCUGCAGAGGAGGCCUGCCCAGGAGUGGAGGAAGGGGCUGAGACUCGGCCAGCGGAGCAACAGCCAGCAGCUGGGGAGCCGGCCACCCCAGGGCCUCAGGUGCAGACGCAGAGCCAGCAGGGGCCAGUCUUGGAGGAGGUGGACACAGGAGGCCAGAGUGGAGGAACCUCGGGCCAGAUCCCCGAGGACAGGUGGUACGAGGCGGAGAAGGUGUGGCUGGUUCAGAAGGACGGGUUCACUCUUGCCACGGUGCUAAAGCCGGAUGAAGGAACGGCGGAUCCACCUGCUGGCAGAGUGAGACUUCGCAUGGACGCGGACCACACCACCGUGGAGGUGGCCGAGGAGCAGGUGCAUGUGGCCAACCCUCCUGAGCUGGACCAGGUGGAGGAUCUGGCCUCUCUGGUCAGCAUCAACGAGUCCAGCGUGCUGCACACACUCCUGCAGCGCCACCGUGCGCGGCUGCCGCACACCUGCUCGGGCCCCGACCUCAUCGUUCUGCGGCCCCGGGGACCUGCGGCACCCUCUGCAGGGAAGGUGCCCAUGUCCAGGGGCCGCUGGGGUCACUCACAGGCUCAUGUGGCCUCCCUGGCCCAGCGGGCAUACUGGGCACUGCUGAGUCAACGGCGGGACCAGAGCAUCGUGGCCCUGGGCAGGAGUGGUGCUGGGAAGACCACCUGCUGUGAGCAAGUCCUGCAGCACCUGCUGGAGCUGGCCGGCAGUGUGGACGGCAGGGUGUCAGUGGAGAAGAUCGAAGCCACCUUUACCGUCCUGCGUGCCUUCGGCUGUGUGGCCACGGGCCAGAGUCGCGGUGCCACCCGCUUCGCCAUGGUGAUGUCCCUGGACUUCAACGCCACUGGCCGAGUCACGGCUGCUCAGCUGCAGACAAUGCUCCUGGAGAAGAGCCGGGUGGUGAGGCAGCCGGAAGGGGAGGGGAACUUCGAGGUUUUCUCACAGAUGCUGGCUGGGCUGGACCUGGAUCUCAGGACCGAGCUGAACCUGCACCAGCUGGCAGCCAGCAGCUCUUUUGGCAUGGGUGUGUGGGCCAAGCCAGAAGAGAAGCAGAAGGCGGCGGUUGCCUUUGCCCAGCUCCAGGGCGCCAUGGAGACGCUGGGCAUCUUGGCAAGCGAGCAGCAGGCCAUUUGGCGGGUGUUGGCAGCCAUCUAUCACCUGGGCGCUGCAGGAGCCUGCAAAGUGGGCCGGAAGCAGUUCAUGAGGUUUGAGUGGGCCAAUCAUGCAGCCGAGGCCCUGGGCUGUGAGUACGAGGAGCUCAACACGGCUACCUUCAAGCACCACCUGCGGCAGAUCAUUGAGCAGGUGACAUCUGGGCCAAGCCGGCGAGGCCUUCAGGAAGAGGAGACCAGCUCAGGGCUCAAGAUGACAGGCACAGAGUGUGUGGAGGGCAUGGCCUCGGGCCUGUAUCAAGAGCUCUUUGCUGCCGUGGUCUCACUCAUCAACAGGUCCUUUUCAUCCCAACACCUCUCCGUGGCCUCCAUCAUGGUGGUGGACUGUCCAGGCUUCCAAAGUCCACGGCAUCAGGGCAAGGAACGGGCGGCCACCUUUGAGGAACUAUGUCACAAUUAUGCUCAUGAGCGCCUGCAGCUGCUCUUCCACCAGCGGACCUUCAUCUCCACGUUGGAGCGACACCGGGAGGAAGGUGUUCCCGUGCAGUUCGAUCUCCCGGAGUCCUCCCCAGCGACCUCAGUGGCUGUUGUGGACCAGAGUCCCUCCCAGGUCCACUUGGCAGCUGGAGGAGGCACUGAGAAUGCCAAGGGUCUCUUUUGGGUGUUGGAUGAGGAGGUUCGGUUGGAGGGCUCCAGCGACAGCGUGGUGCUCGAGAGGCUGUGUGCAGCCUUUGAGAAGAAAGAAGCUGAGGCUGAAGGGACCUCUGCCCUGCGCCCCUGCGAACAGCCCCUCCACUGUGAGAUCUUCCACCAGCUGGGACAGGACCCUGUGCGUUAUGACCUCACCGGCUGGUUGCACAGGGCCAAGCCCAACCUUGCAGCCCUGGAUGCCCCCCAGCUCCUGCAACAGUCGAAAAGGGAGGAGCUCAGGAGCCUGUUCCAGGCCCGGGCCAAGCUGCCCCCCGUGUGCCAGGCCGUGGCUGGCCUGGAGGGCACCUCCCAGCAGGCCCUGCGGAGGAGCCGCGUGCUGCGCAGGACGUUUGCCAGCAGUUUUGCUUCGGUGAAGAGGAAGGCGCCGUGCUUCCAGAUCAAGCUGCAGAUGGAUGCCCUGAUCGGUGUGAUCAGAACCUCUCACCUGCACUUCAUCCACUGCCUGGUGCCGACCCCGCUGCUGGAGAGCAGGGGUGGGCAGGGGUUGCCAACGCCUUCCCAGCCAGGUGGAGACAAGCCUGGUGUAGGCGGACCUGUGACCCUGGACAUCCCGGCACUGCGGGUCCAGCUUGCGGGGUCCCACAUCCUGGAGGCACUGCGCUUGCAUAGGGCAGGCUAUGCUGACCACAUGGGGCUCACUCAGUUCCGCCGGCGGUUCCAGGCGCUGGACCCUCCACUCCUGAAGAAGAUCUUGUUAGCCCCGGAGGGAGUAGACGAGAGGAAGGUGGUCGAGGAGCUCCUGCAGAGUCUGGACCUGGAGAAGAAGGCCGUGGCCUUGGGACACAGCCAGGUAUUCCUCAAGGCAGGGGUGAUCUCCAGGUUGGAGAGGCAGCGGGAGAAGCUGGUGUCUCCGAGCAUCGUCCUCUUCCAGGCAGCAUGCAAGGGCUUUCUGUCCCGCCAAGAGUUCAAGAAGCUGAAGAUCCACCGACUGGCAGCCAGGUGCAUUCAGAAGAAUAUGGCUGUGUUCCUGGCGGUCAAGGACUGGCCAUGGUGGCAGCUCCUUGGCUCCCUCCGGCCCCUGCUGAGUGCCACCCUUGGACAUGAACAGCUCCGAGCCAAGGAGGAGGAGCUUAGAGCACUAAGACAGAAGCUAGAAAAAUCGGAGAAACUGCGAAACGAAUUCCGGCAGAGCACGGAUCUGUUGGAGAGCAAGGUUGCCGACUUGACCACAGAACUUGCUGAUGAGCGCUUCAAAGGUGACGUGGCCUGCCAGGUGCUGGAGAGUGAGCGGGCAGAGCGGCUGCAGGCCUUCCGGGAGGUCCAGGAGCUCAAGAGCAAGUGUGAGCAAGUCCAGAAGAAGUUGGGAGAAGUGGAAAAGCAGCUGGAAGAAGCCCAGCAGAAAAUCCAGUUGAAUGACCUAGAAAGGAAACAUGCUGGAGGAGCAGAUGAGUGGCAAAUGCGUCUUGACUGUGCCCAGACAGAGAAUGAGUUUCUCAGGAAGCGUCUACAGCAAUGUGAAGAGAGGUUGGACUCGGAGCUGACAGCCAGGAAAGAGCUGGAGCAGAAGCUUGGGGAGCUACAGCGUGCUUACGAAGGGGCCAAGAUGACAGCCCAACAACUGAAGAGGAAAUGCCACCGCCUGACCUGUGACCUGGAGGACACCCGAGUCCUGCUGGAGAACCAGCAGAGCCGAAACCAUGAGCUGGAGAAGAAGCAGAAGAAGUUCGACAUGCAGCUGGCCCAGGCCCUGGGUGAGUUUGCGUUUGAGAAGAGCCUCCGUGAGAAGGUGACUCAGGAGAAUACCAGUGUCCGAUGGGAGCUGGGCCAGCUCCAGCAGCAGCUGCAGAAAAAGGCGCAGGAGGCCUCUCAGCUGAAGCAGGAGGUAGAGAAGCUGCAGGACCAGAAACGGGAGCUGCUGGGGUCCCCGUCUCUGCGGGAAAACUGUGUUGCUGGAUUGAAAGAGAAGCUCUGGAAGCUGGAAUCCAAUGCCCUCGAGCAGCAGAAGAUUCAGAGCCAGCAGGAAAGCACCAUCAAGCAGCUGGAGCAGCUCCGCCAGCAGUUUGAGCUGGAGAUGGAGAGGAUGAAGCAGAUGCAUCAGAAGGACCGUGAGGACAAGGAGGAGGAGCUGGAGGACGUCCGUCAGUCCUGCCAGAAGCGGCUGCGUCAGCUGGAAAUGCAGCUGGAGCAAGAGUAUGAGGAGAAGCAGAUAGCUCUCCACGAGAAGCAGGACUUGGAAGGCUUGAUUGGAACCCUCUGUGAACAGAUUGGCCAUCGUGACUUUGACGUGGAGAAGCGUCUUCGGAGGGACCUCAAGAGGACACAUGCGCUGCUGUCAGAUGUGCAGCUCCUUCUGGGGACCAUGGAGGAGAGCAAGACAUCAGUCAGCAAGGAGGAACUGGACAAAGUGCACAGCCAGCUAGAACAGAGUGAAGCCAAAUGUGAGGAUGCCUUGAAGACACAGAAGUCGCUGACCACAGACCUGGAGAACAUGCACAGUGAGCUGGAGAACAUGACCCGCAACAAGAGCCUGGUGGAUGAGCAACUAUACAGACUGCAGUUUGAAAAGGCAGAUCUCCUGAAGCGCAUUGAUGAGGACCAGGAGGACCUGAAUGAACUCAUGCAGAAGCACAAGGACCUCAUUGCUCAGUCUGCUUCUGACAUUGGACAAAUCCAAGAACUGCAGCAGCAGCUGGAGGAAGCCAAGAAGGAGAAGCACACACUGCAAGGGCAACUGCAAGUGGCUCAGAUGCGCAUUGAGUACCUGGAGCAGUCUACUGUGGACAGAGCCAUCGUCAGCAGGCAGGAAGCCGUUAUCUGUGACCUGGAAAACAAGACAGAGUUCCAGAAAGUUCAGAUCAAGAGAUUUGAGGUCCUGGUGGUCAGGCUCCGUGACAGCCUGAUCAAGAUGGGUGAGGAACUGUCGCAAGCAGUGGCAGCGGAGGCACAGCAGCGGGAGAGCAACCAGUAUUACCAGAGGCGCCUGGAGGAGUUGAAGGUUGAUAUGGAAGAGCUGGUGCAGCGGGAGGCGGAGGCCAGCCGUCGCUGCAUGGAGCUGGAGAAGUAUGUGGAGGAGCUGGCAGCCGUGAGGCAGACCCUGCAGACAGACCUGGAGACGUCCAUCCGGAGGAUUGCUGACCUCCAGGCAGCCUUGGAAGAAGUGGCUUCCAGCGACAGUGACACUGAGAGUGUCCAGACGGCGGUGGAUUGCGGCCCUGGCAGCAGAAAAGAGAUGGAUAGCAUCUCCAUCAUCAGUUCCCAGCCCGAGGGCAGUUUGCAGUCCUGGUCGAGCUGUACCCUCUCGUUUGCUGCAGACUCAGCGAGGAGCCCCUCUCGACAGUCAACUGUCAGCAGCCACAUCCACAGCCCCAGGAGGACUGUGGAGCGUGGAGAUGCAUCGGCAAUGGCUCUGGCCAGAGCCUGGGAGAGCAAGACCCAGGGAGAGAGGGGGACCGUGUCUCCCCGCUCUAUCCCCCAGCAGAAGUCCUGUCACUCUAGAGACAGCGAAGGAUUAGGUUUCCAGAGGAAGCCAGCUGCGGAGAGAUCCGGAGCUCUGUUCGCCUCCCCAUCCCAUCGGAGUCCAGACACAUCCCCGUCGCCCAGGGAAAAGCUGCCCAGCCCCUCAGCCGCCCUUUCGGAGUUCGUGGAAGGACUUCGGAGGAAGAGAGCCCAGAAGGGCCCAGGGACCAGCCUGGGCCUUGAGGACUGGCCAACUCUGCCCAUCUAUCAGACCACUGGGGCAUCCACGCUUAGGAGGGGCAGCAGGGCUGGCAGCGAUGAGGGCGACCUCUCAUUGAGAGCCGGGGCUAGGUCGUCCCAGGAAACCAGCGACCUGGCUUCCUCCGGCACCUCAGCAGGUCUCCUGCGCUCCACCAGCCUCAAAUGCAUCUCUUGGGAUGACACCCAGGGCGCGGGCGCGCUCCCGGAGAAGCGGAAGACGCGGUUCAACUCCUGCGAAGCCUUGCUAGAGUCAGGCCCUGGCUCUGGGAGACAACUGGGCUCCUCAGGGAUACUCGGAGACAGGCUCUUGUCGCCCACGCUGCGGCCCCGGAGGCGGUGUCUGGAGGCCUCCGUGGAUGACGCAGGCUGUCCAGAGCUGGGGAGGGAACCGCUGGUCUUCCAAAACCGCCAGUUUGCGCACCUGAUGGACGAUACUUCCCCAGACAGCGACCCUUGUGCCUGGAAGCUGCCAGGCCUCCACAACCAGCGUAAGGCCAAAGUGGACUUUGAUGACUUCCUGCCAGCCAUCCGGAAGCCGGGGACGCCCACUGCCUCAUUCAGAGCUGUCCGAGAAGGAGCAGGCAGCCCACGGUCCCCCAGCGUCCAUUUUGAGAUGGAAGACGCCGACCGUAGCUUUGUUUCGGGGAUCAAGACCAUCCUGAAGAAGAGCCCGGAGUUCAAGGAAGACCCUGGGCACCUGUCGGACUCAUCCUCCUCGUCCAGCUCUAUUGUGUCCUACAAGAGUGCCGACAGUAUCAAGAGCCGCCCUGGACUUCCACGGCUCCAGGGUGAUGGUGGGGAGGCGCGGGCAUCCCCAGAGAACAGGGGAGAACAGGCCUCAGUGAGAAGAGACAACAACAAUGACAACGAUGUGGAGAGCAUCAUGAAGAAAUAUCUCCAAAAAUAGGAGAAAGAGCCAGCUUCUUCUGAUGCACCUGACCUCAAAGACUUGUGGCUCUACAACUGUUUGGGGAGACAGGGAGAGAAAGACUGGCCAGGCCUUUCUCAAGGAGCCACCAGUCCCGAGCCAGCCAGCCAGCCAGCCAGCC